UAUGGGAUAGUAUUGCUGUGUUUAUGAAUAAAAUACAUAAGUUCAAUAAGAAAAUCAUUCUACUCAAUUAAUUAUGGAGAAAAUCAUCCAUAAUAUCACUAUCAAAUUAACUUAAGGGAAAUUGAUUGAUGAAAAUGUAGAUGCUGUAGUUGCUAUGGCUGAUCCUCAAUUUAAUGUAACCAGCCAUCUAUCAAGGCAAAUCCUUAAAAUGGGUGGGAAAUAAAUGUAUGAAAAUCUACUCAGCUGUUAGAGAAAGAAAUAGACUAUAGAUUUUGGAGAUGUUAUUUAUACACAUGCAGAAGAAUUAGAUUUCGAUUUUAUUUUCUUUGCACUCUUACCUCCAUUCUAUGAAAUCGAUUAUGAUCAAUAAAUAAGAAGAUAGAUGAGAUCAUUUUAAUAUAAUGGAGAUGAUUCCAUAGAGAGCAGUAUUUAGGAAUAUACAGGCUAAAAUGAAAAAUAAUAUAUAUAGCAUUCCAUAAAGAAAACCCUUCUUUUAGUAUUUAGCUUUAUCUAUGUAGUGUAAUGAUUUGGGAUUAAGCUCUGUAAGCUUUCCUGUGAUCUCAUCUGAAGCUUAAAUAAAUUCAAAAUGCUACACUGCUCUUGUUAUGCUUUUGACUAUUAAAUAAUUUAUUGAAGAAAAACAUAGUUAAUUAAAGAACCUAUAAUUAAUCAAUAUCACUAUUGCUGUAAUUGUACAAGAUAAACCUAUAGGAUAAAGCAUACAUAAAGCCUUUUAAACACGUUUUGAAUAGGUUGACUGAUGGCCAAUAAAUUGUUGAUUAUUAUGAAACACCUUAAAUGGGGCCGUAAGAAGAUAAUUAAGUGGAUUCAUUUGAGAAUGAAAUAAUAUAAUUUGGAAAGAUGUACAAAAAUAGAAAAGAUGAUAGAAGCAAAUAAUAGGAUUCCAUAUGA